GGAGUUUACCCUCAAGAUGCUUUCACGAAAUAUCAGUUAGAACACGGUGCGUUUGUCCUUCAUAUCCUUGGUCUUAUUUACAUGUUUGUUGCUGUAGCCAUUGUCUGUGAUGAAUUCUUUGUGCCAUCCCUGGGUGUUAUAAUCGAACGCUUAAACUUGUCGGAAGAUGUGGCCGGAGCUACUUUUAUGGCUGCUGGUGGUAGUGCACCUGAACUCUUUAUCAGUAUCAUUGGAGUGUUUUUAGCCAAUAACAAUGUGGGGAUUGGUACUAUUGUUGGCUCGGCUGUGUUCAAUAUUUUGUUUGUUAUUGGAAUGUGUGCGUUGUUCAGCAAAGAGGUGUUAAAACUAACAUGGUGGCCUUUAUUCCGUGACGUUUCUUUCUACAGUUUUGACUUAAUUUUGCUGAUAGUAUUUUUUCUGGAUGGUAAAAUAGUGUGGUGGGAAGCCCUUCUGUUAUUUUUAUGUUAUUUCGGGUAUGUGUUGUUUAUGAAAUUUAAUCAUUCUAUUGAACGUGCUGUUAAAGGAUGUCUACAGAAAGCUUCUAUAAAUAAAGUU